UUUGAUAGAUGGAAAACAGUGUUGUCAUUAUAAAUAACGACGACGAUGACGACGGUUGAACGCAAAUCAUUUGAGGCGAGAACAUAAAAGGAUGUACAUUUGAUAGACUCGGUUUAGUCAGCGCAUGGAAAUAAAGUUGGUUUAAUUGUAGUGUCGGUUAGAACGUUCGUUAUGUGGCAAAUAUACAUGUGAAUUAACAUGGGAAUAUCAAUAUUUUUAAUCAUAUUUCUGACUUUAACAACAUCAUGGCAACUGACAACAUGCUCGAGACUGCAAAACAAUUUUAACGACUGGUUCUAUCGCCUAAACUCGGACUUGAAUUCAAUUUAUCAAAAAUCAGCCAAUUUUGCAUGGGAUUUAAGUGUGAAUCCUACGCAUAAAACGGCUGCAGAACUGCGACAAUUCAAUGCAAAUAAAUCGAAAUGGAGAGAUUCAAAAUGUUUAGAAAUUCAGGAGCUUAUAACAUUGGCCAACCAAUAUCCACUUACAUCGACCAUUUCGAAUUUAACGAUAUUAAAUACAAGUGCCCGAUUACUUUGUGCUGGUCCGAAAUUCAAUGAAAAACAAACCGAUCAACUAACGUUUUAUUUACAGCAGAUGCAAACAAUUUUUACAACAACCGAAAUUUGUUUGCCCCAACAAUUCGAUGUGUGUCUCAAUUUGGAUCGUAUAUGGGAAUUCACAUAUGUAUUACGAAAUGGAGAUCACAUUGAACCAUUGUGCUUGGAUGCAGUGAAACCGAAAGUUCAUGUGACAAAGUUAAAUCUAUACGAUGGCAGCAUUCAAAAAAAUUAUUAUGUGAAUGGCGUGUCGAAGAUAACACAACAACAGGAUCGAAAGGUUGAGAGAGAAUUACGCGUAAAUAAUAUGAUUUGUUUGGGUGGCGAAGAAGAAUUUGAUCGUAUAAUGAGCGGUGAUUUCAUCGCUUUCAAUCGUAGUGAUUGUGCAUUACGAUUUAAUGAAAUAUUUCGUUGGGCAUGGGAAAGUUGGCGCACAGCUGUUGGUAAUAAAAUUGGAACAAUCUACGGAAAAACCAUUGAUCUUAUGAAUAUUGGUGCAAAAGCAAAUGGAUACAAUGACAUUGGUGAAGUGUGGCGCCAAGAGGUGGAUUUGCCAAAUUUAUCUUCAGUAAUUGAUUGCUUGAUGCAACAAAUUAAACCCAUUUAUCAAUUGUUACACGGCGUUUUAAGAAAUGUUUUGUGGAAUCGAAUCCAUAAGUUUGAGCCAUUCAAUAAAGAAUCAACGAUUCCAGCUCAUAUGCUAGGUAGUUUAUGGUCGCAAAACUGGCAAACUUAUCAAAAUCUUAUUUUGCCAUUUAAUGAGUUCCAGUUGGAUCAAUCAAUGAAGAAUUUAAAUUGGACUAUUAUCGAUAUGGUGAAGAAGGCUGAUGAUUUUUAUCGCUCGCUUAGUCUACCACCAAUGCCAGAGAAAUUUUGGCAAAAAUCCAUCUUUGAGAAAAGUAAACAAUUUCGAAAUUGUCAUGGGACAGCAGCGAAUAUGUUUGAUUCGAACGAUUACAGAAUGAUUGUUUGUGCAGAACAAACAGUUCGUGAUUUUGGUGUGAUUGUCCAUGAAAUGGGUCACUUGCAGUACUUUAUGGCUUAUAAGAACCAGCCAACUGUUUUUCAGGAUGGUAAUGCUGCUAUACAAGAGAGCAUUGGCGAUGCGAUAUUCCUUGGCAUCAUGACACCACAUCAUUUAAAUCGCUUGAAUUUGCUACCAGAUAAAUAUCUUAUGUCUAACAAGCCAUCAGUGUUUACGGAAUCGAUGAUGAGAAUAAUACAUUCACGGCAGCAAAAUCAAAGAAAUAAAGCAGAAAAUCUCAACGCUGAUCACACUGACUUGAAUGAUGAUUAUAUUACAGUUAAUGGAAAACCUUAUCCAAAAUUAUCAACUCUGAAUCAACUGGAAUCAGAGUAUUCUGAAUACGAAUCGAAAUUGACACGUGAAAUAAAUGACUUUGAUUUGGCACUUUUAUUGCAUAUGGCUUUGCAUAAAAUUCCUGCCAUACCGUUCCAAUACCUGAUGGACGCAUUUCGAUGGCAACUUUUCAAUGGAACAGUAUCGAUGAAUGAUGCAAAUGCACUUUACUGGAACUUAGCACUCAAUGAGCAGGGCAUUCAUCCACCGGACUGGAAAGAUCGACAUGAAUACUUCGAUCUUGGUGCCAAAUUUCAUAUAUCGGAUAAUACCCCAUUUACACGAUAUUUCCUAGCAAGUUUUAUUCAAGCACAGAUCUUUGAAGGGCUUUGUAAAGUGACAAUUUUUGACACGGUAAAAACAAAAAAACCGUUGCCCAUGCCUCUGCAUCGAUGCGAUAUUUACGGAUCAAAACGGGCUGGAAAAUUAAUAAAGAAAGCACUUCAAUUGGGUAGCUCAAAACACUGGACCGAGAUUUUAUAUAUGCUUACUGGAAGCAGAGAAGUCAGAGCUGACGCCUUGCUUCUCUAUUAUAAGCCCUUAAUUUCAUGGUUGAAUUCAUUGGUCGAAGACUUCAAUAUUCCAAUCGGUUGGUGAACAUCUAAACAGUACAUACAGUUUUGUUUAACGUAAAAUUGUCAAAUUUAAUAAUAAAAGUUAGCUACAUGGGAAA